AUGAAACCCUUGGCCAGGGAAUCCGUGGCUCGUUAUGUUGCGCGGGCAAAGCGGUCCCUGGGCCAGAACUUCCUGUUGGACGACGCCAUCCUGCAACGCAUCGUGGAGGCCUCUGGCCUGACCCCCGCUGACUCAGCGCUGGAGGUGGGGCCCGGCCUGGGCUCCUUGACGCGGCACCUCGCCGCCGUGGCCGCCAGCGUGACUGCAGUGGAGAAGGAUGACGCAUUGUAUUCACGCCUGGUGAAUACUCUGACCGAGCCCUUUCUGGAGCGGAUCCUUCCGCUGGGGGGCCCGCUCGCCUCAGCCACGCUCCUGUUGCAGGAGGAGGCCGCAGAGCGGCUGGUCAGUGCCCGGCCCGGGGACGUGGACUGGAGGGGGGCCAACCUCCUGCUCCAAUACUAUAGCCGGCCCAGCAUCAGGUUCAAGGUGCCGAGGUGGGCCUUCUCGCCAGCCCCAAAAGUGAAUGGCGCUGUAGUCCACCUUGAGCUGCUGGCGCCUGAGGAUCGGCCGCCCGUCCCCUCUGAGGCAGCCUUCCUGACUCUGGUGCGAUUCGCCUUCCACCAGCGCCGCAAGAUGCUGAAGAACACCCUGGCGCCGCUCUUUCCCCCAAACCGGACCGAGGCGGCCCUCUUGCGCCUGGGACUGGAUGCCGGCAUUAGGGCAGAGAGGCUGACCCUGGAUCAAAUGAUCCGCUUGCUGUGGGCGCUGGCAGAGACAUGA